CAAGAAUUCAACGACUCACCUUCGCCUUGAAAAACAAAUAUGGGCAUGCUUGGAGUAUGGUUUAACCAAUCAAAAACCUUCAUUUUGCCACGUACCUGGGCAUCGAUUUGUAAUGUAUCUCACCAUACCGGUUAAAUCUUCACUCUGGGCAAUAGACGCGUAAAGCAACAGACGCAACAAGAAUUUAAUUUCAUUCAACCAUGGGUUUCUCCGAUUCUUCUGUUUUGCUGAAAAUCGCCCUAGUCAUUUUACCUCUGGCUUUAAUUCUACAUAUUGUUGGAUUAGCGACUCCAAGCUGGAGUGCCAUUAGUGUGUCCGUUGCUGGAGUGUCCGCCAGUCAGUCAAUUGGACUAUGGAGUACGUGUGGCACUACAGCCGGAAACACUGAAUGUGUCAGCUUUGACGAUGUACCCAAUUUGGAGGUAUCCGAUUGGUUAAAAGCAUGUCGGGCGUUUGGCAUCAUCGGUGUGUUGGCGGUCGCCGCCGCCGCUAUCCUGGCAGUGUUGUGCACGGUAGCCCUGUCUAAGGAUUCACACAAGAUAGCCUACAUAUUAGCAACAGUAAUCGCCUUUGUUGGAGCCGCUGCCUGCAUUCUUUCCUGUAUUAUCUGGGCUGGAAAAGUAGAUGACUUGAUUGCCGGACUCGACCUCAGCUAUUCGUUCGCCCUGUCCAUCGUUGCGGGGGUUUUGGCCGGAAUUGGUGGCAUCCUAGAAGCAAUUGACCUCUGCAAAUGAUUGUGCUAAAUCUGUCAUUCAGUUCAAAAUACUGUUUACUUUAAGGAGACGACUCUGUAAAAUUGUACUUGUGCUUGUGAUUAUCAGUUUAGAUAAUAUUGAUUUACAACUUCCACAUACUUAUCUCGGCAGAUUUGCUUUUAGGUGAUACAUGGGAUACCAUGCGAUUUGUUUAUUUGACGACAUUCGUAAAUUGUUCUGGAAGAAAUACCAACACAACAUUCCCCGAUAGAAAUUAUUCGGCAAUAAUGUUUGCAAUAGUGAUUGAUAAAAUUCAUUUAUUUCUAGUGUAGCUCGGAAUUCUGGAGUUCCUCGGUAAUCUGCAUUCGAGGUAGCGUCGGUCACCUGCAAAAACACCCGAUUUUAAACGAAGUAAGUCGGUGUUAUUUAGAACCACUCAAUUCAAUAAGAUAUUUAACACGAGAAAUCAAGACGCAUUGCUGUGGUCAAUACAGGAACAGCACACACGACCGCUUGGUUUCUUUGUCCAGAGGUGAUCGCCUGGAUAUACUAUUGAUAAAGAGGUAAACAGAUAGUUACCAGGUUAUCAGUAAGAAAACGAUAAAUUAUCUGUUAUGUUGACCUUGUGUGAUAUACAUAGGGACACCAUUUAGUACACCAGGAUGUAUUUCACAACGAGUGUCUGUAUAUUGACUUAAAGUUAUUGAACGAGUAAUGCCUCUUUGUCCAAUGUAAUUUAACCGACAAACAAUAUUGAUGGAUACUAUUACGUAAAACUUUUUAACACAAUUCUUCUAAAAGCAGCUGUAAAUUUGAUAUAUCCUGCCCACAAUUAUCUAUUGUUUAUUGUAUUAUGUAUAUUUAUGUGUUUUAAUACAUAUACACCUGUAUAUAUAUUGUUUCAAUAUGCGAGUUAAAUGCCUUCACAGAUAAAUAUUUUGAUAUUUCCAUAUUUUUUUUUAUAAAAUAAAUGUCUACCUGAUUAAAGAAAACCUCCUUUCC